GAAUCUUCUCAUCCAUCGUCUUCCUCGACGACGUUCAAAAAUUUCCUGCAAUUCAACUAUUCAAAGCAAUGCUCAGUCUUGGUGAAUUUCCUGCACAGUCCAAAUUCUUCCGCAGCGCCAAUCUUCUCCGAGCCCCUCAAACCCGAUUCCAUUUACCCUCAAUCGGAGUGACCCGACCCGGUUCCUUCUCUCUUCCACGGCAGUUGAAAACUAGGGUUUUCUCACUCACCUCGAGCAAUCAAAAGAGGGCCGCCAAAUCUCCGACUGAAAUAGACAGUGUCGACGGUGAUGAUGAUUCCGAUGACGAGGACGACGGCGACGUGUUUCUUCAUCUGAGGGAUAGUAUGAAGACAUGGCACGAGAAGAAACCGCGGGGGUUUGGAGAAGGAGAAGUGUACGACACUUCGAUUGAAGAUAAGCUGAUGGAAGAGAUUGAGCAGAGUAGGAGAGCUCAGAUUGUUAAUCUCAACAAGCUCAAGAACAGUCCACCUCUAAAUCCUGCCCCAAAUAAGAAACAGAUCAACCAAGAAGGAGCAUCAGAACAUGUUCGUGUGCGCCUGAUCAACCUUCCUAAGAAAAUGAAUGUCGACAGAGAUUUACGAUCGGCUUUCAAAGAGUUUCCUGGAAUUGUUAAGAUAAACCCAGUUGUUUCUGGAAAAGCUAAGACCAGGGACCCUACCUGCAAAGGCAUCGCCUUUAUUGAUUUCAAGUCUGAAGAUAGAGCACACAGAUUUGUACAGACAUUCUCAGGGAAGAGCAUAGGGUUCGGUAAGGUCCAGAAACAUAUCAAAUGUGUGAUGAUGAAUUCCAACCCUGCGAAUUCCAAGAACGUGCAGUUUCCCAAUGAAACUGGCCAUUGUUCCAAUCUUGCGGAAGCUGAUUGGAAUGGAGAAGUUUCUGGAAUGUUUGAGGGGAUCACCAAUGCGGGCGAUGAGGAAGGGGUUGGAGGAAGCAGUUCAUCAUCCUUCUCUGCAGUUCCAAAGAAAACAGAAGUAAAUGAGAAGAAGAAUAAAGUUGAAAGAGGAAAGAAAGGCAAGUCAUCAUCAGGAAACCCAAACAUUCUUGGAUCUGCUAAGAGGCUGAAGGUCAGGGAGAAAGUGCAACUUAAGGGAGCUCUUGCCAAAUAUGGUUUGAAGUAACACUGUAAUCGACCUGAUCCGAACCAACCCUUCCAUCUCCUUCAUCUGCACUCUGUAUAUCAAUAUCAUAUUGGACUAUGUAAUUCUCUAUAAAUUUGCACUCUGUAUUAAUCAACACAAAUUAUUUGCAUCUGAAUAAAUAACUUUAGUUGUUAGAGAAAUAAUUAUUUGUACCGAUUUAUUUAAUCUA